AUGCGCAUUGUACUCCUCACGCCUCUGGUUCUUGGAACCACUCUUUGUGCUCGCGCCUCGUUCGGAGAUCGUGCGGACACCUACAUCAAUUGCGUGUCGAAAUGCGAAUCUCGCAUCUGCCACGAUCUGAACUGGGCGGACUCAAUCUCGCUCCCCAUGAGGAUAACUCAAUGGUCGUGCACGGACGAUUGCAAGUACGGCUGUAUGCACGCCAUCACCGACCUCGCAGUAGAGAACUCGGAGCCGAUCCAGCAGUAUCAUGGGAAGUGGCCAUUCUGGAGGUUUGCGGGCAUGCAAGAGCCUGCCUCCGUGGUAUUCUCCCUUCUGAACAUGUGGGUGCACAUCCGAGGAGCGAUGCGCAUUCAGAGGAUGGUUUCGGACAACCAUCCUAUGGGAAGCUAUUAUCGAAGGUUCGCACUCGUUAGCGUAAACGCGUGGAUCUGGUCUUCAGUUUUUCAUACCCGAGAUCUCCCUACGACAGAGAAGCUCGAUUAUUUCUCUGCAGCUUUGGCUAUCCUGUAUGCUUUGUAUUUUGCGGUCAUACGUCUCUUCCACCUCUAUCCUGAGAAACCACCCUCCAGCUCCGCCAACUCGGUCUCUGUCACCUUCAUAGCAUGGAAGCUGAUCUGCGUUCUCGUCUAUCUCAUGCACGUCUCCUACCUCUCACUGUUGCCACGGUUUGACUACACGUACAACAUAAUAUUCAACCUAGUCGUGGGAAUGACGCACAACCUGCUCUGGUUAACGUACUCCCUUCCAGCAUCCAUCCCCUUGUUGCGCCGUUUCCCGUACCGGCCACGAUCCUACCGGCCACCGUAUGCGUCUAGAGCUGCGGUUUUCGUUAUCCUCACCACAGUUGCGACGUUUCUCGAGCUGUUUGAUUUUCCGCCCUGGGGACGGAUCAUCGAUGCGCAUUCGCUUUGGCAUCUCGCGACGGUCCCGAUCACGGUCCUCUGGUAUGACUUCCUCGUUCGGGAUGCCCUAGACGAUGGAUGGAAGGCUCAGAAGGCCUGA